CACACUAGCACUCAAACAUUUCGAUAACGUCAACAAAACGAAAGCAAAAUCCCUCUGUGUUCCGGCUAUUUAACCAGUGGAAUCGGGACCACCCGCCACAUGAGGGAGCGUCAGUCGAUUUAGGGCAUCCAACAAAUCCGUAAGCAGUGCUAAAAUGGGUCCGCAGAAGUUGAAACGAACCUUCCUCGGCUUCGAUUUGAGCACUCAAAAGCUUAAAGCUAUCCUGCUCAGUUCCACUUUGGAAGUCAUAGCCGCGGCGGAAGUGAAAUUCGACACAGACUUGCCAGAGUUUCGGACCACGGGCGGUGCCAAUGCCGGAUCCUUGAAAAAUGAAUACUUUGUCCAGCCCGUGAUGUGGGUGAAGGCGAUGGACAUUGUCCUGGAUCGUUUGGUAAUGCAGCAGGCUGAUCUUAGUACAGUGGCGGCCAUCGGUGGCUCCGGACAGCAGCACGGGUCGCUUUACUGGUCGAAGCACGGCAUCAAAACGCUGAAGAACCUCGACUCCGACAAGUUCCUUCACGCACAAAUCGAUGACUCCUCCUUCGCGGUGAACCGUACGCCCAUUUGGAUGGACGCCACAACCACAAAGCAGUGCCUUGAAAUGGAGAUGGCUUUGGGAGGCCAGCAAAGAAUGCUCGAGUUGACUGGCUCCAAGUGCUACGAACGCUUUACGGGACCCCAGAUCAGGAAGAUCUAUCAGUUGCGCUGUCACGCCUACGACGAGACCCAACGAAUCUCAUUGGUAAGCAGCUUCAUAUCUUCGCUAUUCCUGGGCUCGGUGGCGCCCAUCGACUUCAGCGAUGGCUCCGGUAUGAAUCUGCUCGACAUUCGCAAGAAGACUUGGUGCAAGGAGUGCCUGAAUGUCUGUGCACCCGAUCUGGACGAGCGCCUGGGAGUUCCAGUCAGUCCAAAUACGGUCUUAGGCAACGUCUCGAAAUACUUUGUAAACCGCUUUAGCUUCUCGCCCGACUGCAAAGUGAUUGCCAGCACUGGAGACAAUCCAUCGGCGCUGGCAGGAAUGCUGGUGUGCUGUAACUGGAUGAACAUCUCCCUUGGUACCAGCGACACUCUUAUGAUGAGCUUGAAGAAUCCACUUAACUGGGAGGAGGGUCAUAUCCUGUGUCAUCCAACCGAUACAGACGAGUACAUGGGACUUUUAUGUUUUAAAAAUGCUUCCUUGGUGCGCGAGGCAAUGAACAAGACGAUGGCCGGCGGCAACUGGGAUAAGUUCAACGAGUAUCUCGACUCCACACCUCGCGGAAACUUCGGAAACAUGGCCGUCCACUUUAACGACCUGGAGAUUAUCCCCAAGGCUCAGGGCAUUCUCCGUUGGAGCAAGGAAAUCAAACCUGAUUCCCCGGAGGCAGCUAAGGGAGUUGUCAAAUUCAGUUCGCCCCAAAUUGAAAUUCGUGCCUUAGUUGAAGGUCAGAUGCUGCAUCACCGAGCAGUGGCGGAAGACCUGGGCUAUCGAUUUGGGCCAGAGACUAAAAUCCUUGUCACAGGAGGAGCAUCUGUUAACAAGUCGAUCCUGCAGACAAUCGCCGAUGUGUUCAACUCCCCAGUCCAUAUCCAGGACGAAGGUCAUGAGGGUGCCCUUAUAGGAGCGGCAUACAGAGCCGCCUAUGCACUCUAUACUCAGGAGCUGGAUAAAAAAUCGACCCCACUCAGUUACCGAGAUUACAUCCUUAGUCUUACGCCCAACAAGCUGCACCUUGUCUGCGAGCCACACAAGGACAGCGAAGAAAUCUACGCCCCAAUGAGGAUUCGAUAUCGCGAAAUGGCGCGCGUCCUGACCAGUGAACAAUAGACUUACUGAUUACCCAACGCAACAUUCCGUUUUAUACUCCGUGAUUUCCCCUACUCACCUUCCAAAUCCUGUUUGUACGUCGCCUAAAAUUAACAGAACUAAAGUGCAAUUAACAAAUUCUGUGAUUGACAAUUUAUUACAAAUUUAUGCGAAACCAUAUACAAAUAAAUUUCUACAUAUGGAGCAUUCCUAA